AUGGACUUUCUUCAGGCUUCCCAUGAAGUGAGAAAUAUUAAUGAAAACCUUACCAAGCAUGAGGAAGUCCCUAAAAGCCUCUCUCAACUGCAGCAAACCCUGGCAAAUUGCAUAAAGCAAAGGGAUGCUUUCCAAUCCCAGGCUCCCAAAAUCUCCAAUGAAGCGGAAAGGGAAGGUGAAAAAUGCAGCCGUUGCUCAAAGAGCUGGCUAUUGCAUGAAGACAAGUGCUACCUUUUUAGUAAUGAAAAGAAGACAUGGAAUGAUAGUAAAAAAUACUGCUUCACUCAGGACUCCACUCUGAUUAGCAUAAACAAUGAGAGAGAGAAGAAGUUCAUAACACCGCUUCUGCGCGACCACUGGAUUGGACUGUCCCGCAGGGAUGCCACUAACCAGCCACACUGGGAGGAUGGCACAUCUAAUGCCUCUGACCCGUUUUCAAAGACGAUGUCUGUGCGUGGAGAAGGGUCCUGUGCAUUUGUCAAUAAUGGAGUCAUCGGCAUAUCUAUAUGCACAAAGUUGGCUCAUUUUAUUUGUGAGAAAAUGGCUAUACAAUGAACCUUUUGCACUGGCAGCAGAAGGAUCAGAACAUCAAGAAGAAAAGCAUUCAACUUUUUCAAAGACAAAGAGACAUUGCUGCCCUAUGUUGUUCUUGUGCUACCCAUGAGACAGAGAAGCUGUAACAUCAAAGGAGAAACCAUGACCUUGGGAAAUGUUUCCAACCAAUCAGAGCCCUCCCACCAACCUGGACAGACUUUCAUUCCCAGUCUAGUUCAACGGAUUUGUUUUCCAUUUUUUUUAAACUAGAAAUUAGGCAAUAAAUACUUUGCAAUUGA